AUGGUCUCAUCGCCAUUGCCUCCGGAUUCACCUUCGCAACUACAGCCACAUCAGUCACAGUUACAGUCUCAAGCAUCCAAUUCCAGUACCCCAGAUGAAUCAGGCUCGUCACCUUUAAGCUCUCUCAAAGACAUUGACUCUUCCGUACCAUAUGAAUCACCAGCAUCAACCGGUAUAACAUCUUCAUUGGCAUCUGAAUCUCAUAAACGGCCCUAUUCAAGGGUAGAAUUAUCUCCUAACCAGCAUUCUAUUCCUGUUGGCAAAGAAAUGGAGUAUCUGGAUAUUCGUGAUAGUGAUGAACCUGCUCGCUCCAGAAGUAGAAGUAGAAACUCGAGUAGAAAUGCUAGCAGAAGCUCCAGUAGAAGUGAUAGUAAGGGUCCUUCUAGAACCACAAGCAAAACUAGAGGUUUCGGUGGUAUUAGUAAGAAUUCGUUUAUCGCCAAGGGGAGCAUGAUCAGAGCGGCCAUUUCAGCUGGAGCGGACAAAUUGGCAGGCAGAAGUGCCAGCAAUAGUAAAUCUAAUUCAAAGAAACUCAAUGAUGCUCCUGUCAAUGGUGGGGAAGUGACUAUUAGCUCUGGCUCUUCCACGAUUAAUGGGUCUAGGUCCUUCAAUGGAAGUACUGGCAAUGACAUUAAUAACGAGCUUCCAACGAGUAAUGCUGCUGCUGCACUUGGAAUUGCUUUAACUUCAAAUGGACAUAUGUAUCAGUCACAAUCAUCAGCUAAUAGUCCAUUGUCGUGGACGCCUGUACUGGAUCCGAACCUUCUCCGACCCGAGUCAUCCGAAUUGACUCCGGAAUCUAGCUCUACUUUGGGCUCCACUGUGGACUCCAGUUAUGAUGAAGAGGAUGGUGAUAAUAAUGACAAAUAUGAUGACGAUCAAGAUGAGGAACAAGAUGAAGAGAGAUUCUAUGAUGUCGAGUACGAGCAUAAUACACACCAUUACGGACAAUAUAACCAGGAAUCCGACGAUGCGCAUUAUGAAAGACAUAACGGUAAAGGACAAGAAGAAGAUAACAUUGAUGGUGACGAACAAUACGACAAUGAUGACGAGUAUUCAAGUAUUCCUGAGAAAGACCGGUUCCAUACCAUUCAGAGCUUGGAAAGCAGAACUCCUAAAGAAGCUGGUCAGAUUCGUUAUCUUGUGAGCGAAGCUUGGUUUGAGUUUUUCAAACAGAGUUCGUUAACAGGUGGCAUGAAAAUCGGACCACUGGACAGUAGUUCGUUCUUAGUCGACAAAACUCAGGAAGAUGAUAGCGAAGAUGAUGAGCAGCAUUCUGGCUCUAACUACGGCCAAACUAGUGAUGAAGAUGAUGAGGAUUAUGUACGACAAGAAAUUCGAAGAGAUUACAGUGGAAGGGAAAGAAUGACGUCGUCACAGUAUCGUAAUAGUCAAACUAGGAGGGACAGGCACCAAUAUAGAAAUAGAAUGUUGGCUGGAGCUGGACCCUACAAUUCGGCAAAUUUUGGGUUUUCAGAGCCUUCUAGACUACGCCUUCCUAGGGGCCCGUAUCCUGAGCUGUCUAGUUAUGAUCGUAGUCCAUCUGCCUCACCAUCUCGAUCAGUUUCUACUUCUGCCUCUGUUUGUGGGCCUGUAGAUUCUAACGUGCUGCUUGUUCCCGAAGGUGAUGCAAUUGAUUUGUGUGAAGAAUCAUGGCGGAUGCUGACUUCAUGGUACGGGAACGUGGGUCCCAUUGUCACUCGACAAGUGGUCGAAGUUAACGAUAAACUGAUUACUGAGCUUAAUCCGCCAAUUGUUCACCUCGUACCUCUUGUUAUGAACAAUAGGGUUACCGAGCCUAUUACCAAGCAGUUUUCUAUGGCAUCAACGGUGCAGGAUAUCAUUGAGAAUUUGGAAGGUACUGAUAUGCGACUCUGGUUUGUUGAAGGAUCCAAGUCUCCUACACUUUCUAAUGCACUCACAACACAAAACUUUCGCAAGCUUAAAACUCGUUUGAUUACGAAGCCGGAAGCUGUCAAAUUGUAUACGCUCAUGGAUCAUGUUAACGAAUUGACUUUCGUGGUUGAAGAGAAAAAUUUGACUGGCUGGCUGUCGACACAAACUAAGAAAACGAGUGGUAUUACGGGCCUGAACAAUCUUGGAAACACUUGCUAUAUGAACUCGGCUUUGCAGUGCCUGGUACAUGUAGAAGAGUUAUCUGCAUACUUCCUUAGUAAGUAUUAA